GUAUGUAUCACAUAUUGCAUGACCUGUACCUGGAGAAGUACUCAGACGAGAUGUCGCUGUUGGUAGAGGAAAUAGCAGACGACAUCAGAGAUUUCAACAAGAAGGUUGUGAAAACCUCCAAAAGUGACCAUGGCCUUGGCCUAGCUAAAGCAGAAGCUACACCCAGCAAGUCUCACAAGUCUGGGUCCAGGGGCAGCCUCGGAGGUUAUCAUUCAUUACACAUGACCUCCUUGUGGUACAGCUAUAAGCCUUUUCUGUCCAGCAUGGCAUUCCCCAAGGACUGUAUGGUUUCCCUGAGACACAUUGCUAUAUCCCUGCUGAAGCUGGAGGAUUUCCUCGACAGUUUGACCAAGAUGACUUCCUGGGAUGUCACCGGCUUGCCAAACAAAAAAGUCAAGAAAAAGUCCAGUUUGAGAGGUGUUCUCAAGCCAAGCUCAAGCCCAGAGCAGAAGCGUCAUUCUCUCAACCUGGGAAGCAGCUUCAGUAGCAGUGACAAUCCCUUUGAAUCCUCAAAUCCUCCAGCACAAACUUCAGCAGCCCAGCCCUCUGAUGCUGGCCCACCUCCAAAAAUUGUUGAGAGGAAUCGAUCUGAGGACAAAGUUCGUUGGGACUGGAGGCUGAUCUUCAAGAAGAUCUCUGCAGGACUAGCUGCAGCUAUGGAAACCCGGCUGGACAUCACCAUGGCUACCACGCUGGCACAUGAAGCUGCUCUGUGGGCCAGGGAUCAUGUCCUGGAGACCACAGCGCUGACCCUGGUCCACUGGAAUGAUGGGCUUGAUCUGCCACCGGUGGUCUCCAAGGACACCAAUGAUUUCAUCCAGGUUGUUGAUGAGUUGCUGCCCCUGGCCAGGGCUGGCCUAGAAGGAUGUUUGGCCCCAGUGAGGACAGCCUUCAUUGACUCUCUGGGGAUUGCUGUGAAGAACUUCCACCUCCACUGUGUUACCUUAAGCAAGGACAUACCCCACAAGGCCAGCCUCAAGCAGCUUCUGAUCAUCAUCUCAAAUGCCAUGCUCAUCAGGAAUUACCUGCAGCAUGUGGAGACCGUCCUGUCCACCGAAGACAACGGGAAAAAGUUUAUGUGCAGCCUGCUGAAGCAGUACACAGAGCUGGUGGAUGGUCUGGGCAAGCAUCUGCUACAGCUGCACAACCAGCUGGUCUCCAUAUCUGUUCUCAGUGAUGCUGACAGUGGCAGCUGGUCCGAUCUCAAGGAUUUUCAUGAGGAUGAGAGGUGCUCUUUCACCAUUCAGAUGUGGAACUUCUAUCUGCGAGGCAUGCAGAACGACAUGUGGGCUUUGCUUCCUCCGAAACGAGCUCAGACUUUGUUCAGUUCCCUGCUGCAGGACUCACUGUUGUUGCUGAUGCAGCGAUACUCUAGAAUCAAGCCUAGUUUCAGGAGAAUCAAGCAGUUCCGCUAUGACAUAACAGCUAUCCUGAUGUGUGUGUCGGAGCAUCAACUGAGGGCUUGCUCCACAGUUUCCCAAUACCUGAAUCCAGGCCACAACCAGAUCCCUCACUACAGCAUCCACAACCAGUGCUCUAACCUGCUGGCCACCCUGGCUGUGGUAGCCUCACCCCUAGACCAUUUGUACAGAGUGUUCAAGAGAGGCUACGACCGCAAGCUGGAGACUCAAGGUAGUGGUGACUCCAUGCUGGCAGGCUCAAACUCCAACUGGCUGCACUGGAUUUGGCCAUCUCUGAUUCACUCGGGCACAAAACACUAUGAUGAUAUGCAGACGGCCACAGCUCUCUACUUACAUCUGAGCCUCUUUCUGAACCAGCCACAAACUGACUGGGGGAUGUUGGUGCAGGCGCUGGUCAUGAAGGACUGCUCUCUGGCCAUCCUGCUGUUAACUCGUACCUGUCUGCUGGAUGCUUCUGUAGCCACCACCUUGUCGGACACACUCAGAUCCAAACCAGCAGCUUGUGUGAGUCCAGCAGCACCAGCAGACGACCAGUCUGUCACAUCUCUCUUGGUAUCCCAGAACUCCACUCACAGCUCCACGGAAUCUGACUCUCUUGUGGACUCUUCUCCAUCGCCUGUUAAGUCAGACAUCUUGAGUAUUUCUGAGCCGGAACUGGUCUCUGAUACACAGGUGAUCGUUGAUGCCAUCAUCCACAUUGUAGCCCAAGUGCGCUACUGUCCCAAUGCCUUGGCCAAGUGUGUUGUACCAGUCAUAGACAGAUGUUGCCUGUGGGAGAUGUUCAAUGUUGCCAGCCCUCACAUGACACCACACAUGAAGGUGCCAGAAUGGAUGAUGUCCGUGUUUGAGUUGAUGGAUCCUUUGAUAGACAGGGCCAUAGAACCCAUGCUGAGGUACGUCAGCCGUGUGAAGACUUCAGAAAACUACAUCCGACCUGUGAUCUCCUAUGUGGCUGACCUGCCCUGUGGAUGUCCUCCCAGCUACUCCCUGAGGGAUCACCCCAAGCCAGCAGGUCUGAAAGAGAUGCUGGCCAAGUGUGUCCAGCUGGUGGUCCUGGAGCUAGAGAAGUGUGUGGUCAUGUUGCCUACGUCGUUGUGCUGCCUGUUCAGUGCCAUCAACACCAGGUGUGAGCAGCAGAACAUCAAGACAAGUCACAACUGUGUUGCUCUUCAGAUAAUGGCCUGGGCAACUUGGUUCAGGCUGCAGCAGUUCUCAGCUGGCGUCGAUAAACUGGGCAAUAUCUUGAGUUCCCAGGUUCGAAGCCAUAUUGCCACGGUUGCAGACAGUGUGUUCCAUGUAAUGGUGCAUGGCAAAGAUGCUGGUAGCACCAAAUUUGCUGCAAAGUUCUUCAAGACAAACAAGGACUGGUUGAACUUACGCUUUCUGAGCAUUGCUUCCUUUGUCUUAGAUGACUUCCAUUCCCUGGCAAGUACGGAUGUUUCAGAAACUGCAUGUCCCAUUUUCACAGAUCAUAUCUUCUCGCUACUGGCCACAGACAUCAUGACUUCUCCUACAGGUUACCGUGACAUGACCUGUGUGUGCAACCUGGUGAGAAACAAUGGUCAGUGGUUGCUAGACCAAAUGGAUGUGCAGCCUCCUGUCUGCAGCAGCCAUGAGCAGCAGAUGGAGUCUGCAUUCCGACUGGAACUGAGCCCUCCCCCAGCCAGAUCUGACUUUAACCCAAUCUCAGAGAUGAACAGAAUUGGAGAUUGUAACUUUAACCAG